UCCCCGACGGCCGCACUACUCCGCUUCCGCCCGCCGCCCACCCUCCCCUCCCCGGCUCACCCCAGCCGGCCACCGCCCCGCCGCCCCCUCGCGCAGCGCGCCUGCCCUUUGCGCGGCCGGCGCCUCCACCCGCCGCCCUGCGCGCCGCGCGUCUGCGGCCUGCGUCUGGUUGCUCGGUCCAGCCUGCGCCUUGCUGUGGCCGCCCGUCACCUUCCGCCGCCGUCGCCCACUGCGGCCCUCUGCCCGUCGCCACUGGCCUACUCUACUUUCAAUUCCUGGGUUUGCCACUGCUCGCCGCCAUUGCUUCGUCGGGCGCUUCGCUGGCCGACAAGAGACACCUGACUUGAGAAGCUUCGGAUUCUGGCAUUCUGCUAGUCUCGCAAUGAGAAUCUCUGAGCAGCUGGGUAGCAGCGCCGUUGACAUGCAAGUAUAUCAGGGAGAGGUAGAUGAAGAUGGCACACUUGAUAAGACAGAUGAGCAGCCGACUCAAUGUCUGAAGCUCGAAAUAAGCGACUCCUUUCUGACAUCCAUUGCGCUCAUGCUGGCUUGGGACAGGAGUGCUUUUCUUCAAAGCAAAUAUAAUGAUAGGAUCAAAUAUGAGGAGCUCACAACUGCACAGAACCAGCAUACGAGUGCCAAGAAUUACAAAAGAGUUUCGACUGAGCUGCCUCUUCUAUCACUUACCAUCGGCAACAAGAAGUUCAUUCGUACUGGUGACUGCAACAUACUCGCUUCUUUCUGCUACGUAACACAGCUAGUCGUGUGCAAGUUCUAUGAAAAGCUGACUAGAAGGGUUGAUAUCCCCUUCUCGAACAUCACAUCUCUUAUUGUCUGUUUUGACAAUGGAGGAUUUGAUACCUUGAGAAUAAAGGCGAGAUCUUCACUCGAAUAUUUCUAUGCUGAUAAGCCACUUCCUGGAAAGUUUACUAGCUGGAAAGUGGACGACUCCAAACAAGAUAACUGUUUUCCUGAGUCAAAAUUUGUCUUCCUUGAGAUAGAGAAGGGGAAGCUUGAAAAGGGUCUUGCAAAACUAUUGUAUAUUGAUCCAAGAUUACAGCGUACAGUGGAAUUUGCAAGGGCUACUGGUGACCAACACAUGUACCAAGGCCAAGUCCAAGCUCACACACAGCAAACCAACAUGUCUGCUCCUCAGCCGUUCCUAUCUGUCAAUGUGCUCCCUACAUUGGAGGGAGAUUAUAGUAUGUUCUUAUCAACUCUUCAUUCAUAGGAUCAGACCAGCUUGGGUGUAUGAUUCAGUUAAGAUAUCCUUGAGUGUGAAUGAUAAUGCUUCUGAGCACGUAGAUAAGAUGAUGAAACUUUGGAAAUGCAAUAUAUACUUUUUGGUAGACUAGGAAAUUUCAGUUUUGCAUCAACUGUAUAGUGUAUUGGAUUCCAUUAUAGAUGAACCAAUGAAUAAUGCCAAGGAGACAAGAAACUUAUUAGUAAAUAUGUCUUUGUAUACUUCAGCAGUCUUGUCAGCAAGAUGCAACACCUUAAAUCUUCAUCCGGGUUGUCAGCCAUACUUGUUCACAAAAAUAUUUACAUCCUUGUAUGAGAUUGUAUGGAAUGUCAUAUCAUGUAUGCCAGUGGAGCCAUUUCAUUGUGUUUGAGCUAAUUUGCUGCUGUAGUAUACUGGAAGGGAACUAUGUAUUGUGAUCCACUGGACAUUUUCUGUU